GUGAGAGGUAGCCUAGAAGUGGAAGGACAUGCACAAGAUUCGAAGAGAGUCACAACACUAUCCGAUUCCUGCACGAUUCACAAAGGAUGUCAACUGAAAAUAACCAUAGUUCAACUUGAGGUGCUUUAAACAAAAAUAAUAGUAUACAACAUUUACUCUGUCUCAUCUAUGGAGGACCCUACAGUGAUGGAGGAGUGGGUAGAGGACUUGGCCAUUACCGCAUCAAUUUCAUCUGACAGCGUCACCAGUGAGCCAAGCCUGGCCAACAAGGAUGGGGUGGAGGACCAAUCUGUAACCAUGACAGGCAAGGAUGCGAGCUUAACCAGUGUAGCCAUGGCUUCAUCCACCGAUGCCAUAACAAACACUGAAGUCAACCUAGCUAUGGCAUCAUCCACACACAGUGAAGCUAACUUAGGCAUAGCUUUAUCUACUGACGCCAUUGCAAACAAAGAAGCGAGUGGAACCAUAGCCUUACCCAUGUAUAGCAAGGCAAACACUGAUGCUAAGCCAGCCAUCCCACCCAUAGCAUCAGCAUCUUCAUCACCAGCUGCCACCAUGACAAACAGUGAUGCCAAACUAGCCCUCCCCUCACCAUUUUCAUCACCUGCUGCCAGUGGCCCAGCCCCCGGAGGCCUGCAGCCCGAGGAGGGAGGCCUCUCAGCAGUGAGGUCAUGCGGUAGUGUGGGGGUCACUCUGGAGAACAGCAGUGUCUGGAAGGAGUUCCAUCGCUGUGGAACCGAGAUGAUCCUCACCAAACAGGGCCGGCGCAUGUUCCCCUACUGCCGCUACCGCCUGACAGGUCUGGAACCAACACGCCGUUAUGCUCUGGUCCUGUCAAUCACCCCCGUCGACACAUUCCGCCAUCGCUGGAACCUGGAGUGGGAACCCAGUGGUCUUGGCGAACCACUCACCCAGGCCUCACGCAGAGUCUUCCCCCACCAGGACUCAUCAGCCCUGGGGAAGGUCUGGAUGGCCAGCCUGGUCUCCUUCUAUAAACUCAAACUGACUAACCACUGCCUGGACCAGGAGGGGCAUGUGUUGUUGCACUCCAUGCACCGCUACAGGCCCAGUUUACAUGUGAUCCCCAUCGCAGAGGGAGAUGACCUUGGCUUUGACCCUAAGCUGCUCUACCUCCAGCUCCUCAGUCCGGAUGUCAUGACCUUCACAUUCCCGCAGACAGAAUUCUAUGCUGUGACGUCAUACCAGAACACCAGGAUCACCCAGCUGAAGAUAGACUAUAAUCCCUUUGCUAAGGGCUUCCGGGAAGACAGCGGCAGCCCGCGCCUCGCCAAGCCCAGGCCAGAGCAGUCUCAGGCGGGGAAGGGAGAUACCCGCUCCCCUGGUCUGAGCUCCGCUAGGCCCGAUGGUGGUGAUGGGACUGAGCAGAUUGUGACUGUGAAUGGCGUGGCUGAUCUCAGCUGUUCAAAGCCUUCGGAACCUUCCACUGUAGAACCAAUGGAGUCUGAGGUUCCGUCCUCAAAGAAGGUUCCGCUUGUAGAACCCACCAUGACCUCACCCAUUUUGGUUCCAGAACCUCAAGAGGGCAAGGCUGCCAGCUUAACCCCUAAAACAUCGGAACUACAGAAGAUCUCACCCAAACCUUUCCCCCCUACCCCCUCACCUUCAACCCCCACCGCCUCACCCUUUGCCGUCCCAAAGCCAUGGAAGAAGGGGCGGAAAUCAGGGGGCAAUCGUUGGGGCAAUGUAGGAAAAGUCACUAAGGGGACUAAGGUGGCGAUAGCGGCUGUUGCAGCAACAAGCAGCCCGGUAACUGUCGCUAUGCAGCCUCAACUGGACGACGUGGAGGGUCUACUUUUUGUGUCCUUUACUUCCAAGGAAGCUCUUGGUGUCCAUGUGGAGGACAUGCCACCCAGUAACACGUCACCAGUCAUGCAGGAACACCCAGAGAAAACUGUUGGUCUGAAGUUGAGCUCCCUGGACUCAGGCCUGGCCAUUGAUCUACAGUAUCUGGGGGUGGGUUGCUCGCCUGUGUUCACAGGGCUGGGCAACGCUACCCCCACUGGUGAGUCACACUGA